AUGGCGAAGCUCACAUGCCUCGUCCUUGUAUUUGUAAGCUCGUCAGAGGCGCGAGCGACAAACGAGAUUCCAAUAAAGCAGGGCGGACAUGUCAGAGCUGCACGCCUGGCCCCAUGUGCCAGCACGAAUGACGGGUGGCUGCGCUCAAGGUGUGCGUUCGCAUGCAAGCGAGUGUCCAAGUGCACCAUCAACGAGGCUGCGGGCGAACCUCCAUGUCGGACCGGGAGUGGGGCACUGCCGCCGGCCCGACAAUGUCAUUAUUUCGAUCUUGGCAAUGCCGCGAAUUCGUUGCUGUCGGGCAUCAUUCCAGACCGCGCACUUACCCCAUGCAACUCCAAUCCCGCGGUGCAGCCUGGUCGUGUUGGCCAUCCAGCUUAG